UUCCUCCGCAUCCUACGUCUCUCCGUCCGUCUCUCCCCCUCUCUGAAAAGCUCUGUCCUGUAUCCCUUUGUAUAACGCGCGGCUGCCAGUGCGAACCACUUGGACGUACAACCGACCCGUAAAAAUUUCCGAAGGCUCAAGCGGAGAUUGAAAUAACAUCACUCCGACUAGGCCCUGCAACGAAAGCGUACACACUCGCUGUCGUCUGCUGCCGUCUGCUUCUCGAGCGUCUGCUACGCGCUCCCGACCCCGUCGUCCUGCUCUCAUCGUCGUCUGCGGCAACGUUCCGCGCCGCUCGUCGGGCCAUGAAGAUGGCCAACGAGUGCGGCGCAUCGACGCAACCGGCGGCAGCGCCGGCCGGUCAGGCGGCUACAACGCUGGCCGGAGGUGGGAAUAGCUCGACCAAGAACAAUAACAACAACAAGGACGGUGGCGGUGUGGCGGGAGUGGACACCAUGCCGGGGGGGAUGCCGUUCGACACCGCCAAGGCCAAGAUAUACGAGACCAAGCGGCACAAGAAGAUCGUGCGCCUCAUGACGGUCAUGGCGUACGUUCUCUCUGUCUCGCUCGCGGCGAUCGUGCUGUCCAUGUACUACGUGUUUCUGUGGGAUCCCAACAUGCGUUCGGAGCUCCCGCAGUCGGACCGCGAAACGGGCCGCAUGACGGCGUUUGCGCCAUCGUCGUCUGCUACGAACGAGACGGACUGUUCGCAGCUGUCGUCUGCUCCGCAGAAGGCGCCGAGAGUUCCAACGGCCACCACUACGGCGGCGACAGUCAACGACGAGCCUACCAUUGUCGACGCGACAGUAGGCUACGACGUCGCUGCUGGGGACGCGUCCCCUUCGGAGAUUUCGCUCGGCGAACUUUCGCUCUCCGAGAACGCGACGGACGCCACGUCGUCGUGGGUCGAAGAAGCCGAUGGCACUGCCACGUCGUUUGCGUCGACUUCUUCCGCGGACGCCGCGGACGCGGAAGAAAAGUCCACUGCUCCCGUCGAGAGAUGAGGGGACAAGACAACAACGUCUGCCCCGCGAAAUGCAGCCACGCGGGAGAUCAUUGGAGCCUGUGAACCAGUGACGUCACAAGAGGGUGGACACGCGAGGAACGGUCGACAAGGCUGAUCUCGUCCCCUUUUGUGUGUGCCGCUUCUGUUCCUUUUUUUUUUUCUUCCGUUCACCGCCAUUCUGCUAAAGGCACGGAGGACGGAAACAUUGACUAGAAGGAAGCGUCACGUGACAACCUUGAAGCGCAUGAAGCCAAAAGGGGCAAUGACGCCAACGAAAGCAUAGGGAAAUUUAAGUGUUUUUCUGUUUUCUUUUCUGAGGUGUAUAAUCAACUGUGCAUUACAGCUAAAUGUGCGAUAACCUUCAUUCUUGAGAACAUUAAGCCUCUUAAGAGGAGAUCUCUCGCGAGCUAUGUUUUCUUCUUUAACGCGGUGGACUUCAUGGCGUGUGCAGUAGAAAUUUGGCACUGAAUUCUUAGGCUGCCAGCAGGUGUACUAGUUGACUGACGUCGUGCUCCUUUCCCAGUUCUUUCCCUCCUCCGUGGCAUAAAGUGCACAUACCGUCUUUAUCGCUAAGAAGUUAUUGCUGCGCAACAAAAACAGGACUAGAUAGCCUGUAGUACGCGUAUACUACGAAGCGAGGUGAUCUUUCGCUUCAAUGUAUAUUUUUGAUCCCUCCCACCACACCUGGUUCAUACGUUUUGUCUACUUCAGAUAUUUUGUCUGUUUCCACAGUGAACGAGAGUGCGGCCACAAAAAAUAACAUGCUUGCCCACGUUUCGAAUUCCCGCAUUUCCUCGUAGACACCUUUCGCAGAUACCACUUCCACGGCACGCUGAUUCAGUGCCAGCGGAACUGUAGGUGUCACGAAAGUAGUGACGCGAGCGCCUGCCAUUGGAGUUAUUUUCACGUCGUGUAGUCUUUAUGAAAGGCAUCGGUAGAAUUCCCGUCGCUCCAGCGAGGCGUCGUGCUCGGACGUAAUACGCCACGCAAAAAAGUGAAAGUAGUAUAUUCUGGAAAGUGAGGCUUACAUCGAGACUGUGCCUCUACUCUCAGAAAUCGCGACUAGAGAGAGAUAUUUAUUACGAGGGAAAAGCUGGGAGGUCGGCCUGAAUCAAUGUUCUGACCUGCUACGCGACUGCGUGCUAAGAGUGAUCAGCAUACGAACUUCGCUUCGGGCAGAGGGCUGCUUUUUUUGGCGUCGAAUGACUUUAAAGGAAGUAUCGGAUAUUAUCCAAUGCGAAGACAGAUGGCGAUCGACGUCUUUGCGGUACGUGGAACGAUACACUCCGCACCCCAAUUGACUGUAAGCCGCGCAACCUUCGCCUCCCGUCGGAAAUCAAGCCUCGUUAUAACGAAAUCGGGCGUUUCAACCUCCCCUUUAUAACUAAGCGACGCUAAUUGUUUUAAACCGCUACAUAGGCCAUUUUGAAACAAACAGCUCGUAAAUAUGAUGUGGCCUACGGGAGCAGAACCAGCUGUGUCUACUUAAUUCGUCCAUAUCACUCAUGCGACUCUUUGUCCGUUAUUACGAUCGAUUACCAACGACACCGCCCGGCUAUCCUGGCCCCAUUCUUUGCGAACCCGUCUUUGCAACUCUCAAAAGAGGCAGUUCAAAUUUCAGCACGCCGAGGCAUUCGCUGGUCGGUACACCCGAUUUCAUUAAAGCAAGAUGGCACGUAGCAUAUAUACUAAUUAGCGAAAUGAAAGCUGUGAAGAUUCGAGUUUGUACACUUGUCUUAUCUUCUGUAUCUUCUCGUUCAGUUUUCUUAUCAGGGGCUUCGAAAAAAAAAAUGCGAGUGACAUGGGGCAGGUUGCGCUACCGGUGCUUUACUGUAAGUAGACAAAAAUUAAAUGGUUAAGCUUAUAAAUUGACUUGGUUAUUUAUUCUUCAUAGUUUCAAGACACAUAUAGGCCCUAUUGAAUAAAGUUAUAACGUGAGAAAGAAAAAUGCCCAGCAAUAAAGCACAAUACAACUAGUCUCUCAUUCCUGAAAGCAGUUGGUAGAAUGAUGCGCAUCGUGAAAAGUUAUGAAGCACUAUAGAUUUAAAAAAGAAGAAAAGAAAUACACGCAAGGAACGGACCGCACUUUCGGCAGCGGCCAUUUUGCCAACGCAAAUAUUUACACUGCCUGCCCGCUCCCGCGAACUCGGGCGAAAGCCCUUCAACGCACGACCGGAUAUAUUUAGCAUCCACUCGCGUAAAAACAAAACAAAAAGAAAUACAAAACCGAAACAAGCGUUAAACAAACUCUAAAGGUUCCACGACUUCGUAUUCGUUUACCAAUGCGACGUUAAUUACUGCGCGAGAAUCUCUCCUCGUCCCCUUUCAGCACAGGCGGUAAUGGUGUGACAGCCAUAUUAACGAGUGUCACCAUGAAUGCUGAGUCGAAUUCUCGCCUGGCCUCUCUCUAAAUGUGAGCGACCUGCGCGUUCCGGGCCCGGGCUGCGAGGCGGUUGCCGUUGUAAAACUGGCCCGGCUAUUUGGGAGGCGUUAGGAAACGUGCAUAUCCUGAAUUUGUUUUCUUUAGUGGCGUUGUGGGAAUGAGUUUGCACAAUCGAGAAUUGUAUGCCGCGCCGAUCGACGGCAACUGCCUUGGCCUGAACGCGGAAGGCGAGUGCGGUUAACCUCUAAAGAGAGAGAGAGAGAGUAACAACUCCUGUACGAAGACAUUCCUUUUAUCCCGGGAGUGUUUCAACAGCAGAUUUUUCGAACUGACUAGAGUGCGAAUACUAAAAAAAAAAUUGCAGCUUCGAAUAUAAAAUCGAAUACUCAGCGCUUAUAAGGAACUAAGGCUGAGCAGUUACAAGUCUGCACAAUCGUAAAAAAAACUUUUUAUGAGAUGUCAGGAUGGAAGAUAGAAAGAAGCUUGUAAAGUUCGGCAAUUGGGCGGCUUGCAAAUGAGGAACUCAUUAGUCAUAGUCGAUACUUCGUCGUGCGAUCAUAAUGAUCGAGGUUGCAGUAAUAUAACAAAAGUAGCCGUGGUAAAUGGACGAGCGUAGAUAACUGUCUCAUACGAAUACGUAAGAUUAUACAACCGUAAGAUGAUAUAUACGUAAGAUUAUUAACCUUUAUGAAAUUACCCCCUCGUGGUGCUUUUGAGGCGUGAAGUGAGAGAGAGAGAGAGAAAGAAAGAGAGAGAUAAUUAUUGUGCGAAAAAUCAGCAUGCCUUACAUGGUCAGGAGACAGGUAGUUCAUUGACCUCUGCAGCCCUAAGCCGCAGCUUGUCCCACAUAUCGGAAUCAAUGGGAAACGUAGAUCAAAAGAAGAGAUGACCGGUUAUUUCUUGUUGAAUUGGCUUAACACGGGUGGGCCCAUUUCUCCCCGAAAGCUCCGCCGCACCGUAGGUAUCCGGUGUCAUCCGGAACUGAACGAAUAUUCGAAAGUUCAGAACAUCAAAUUCUUGAAUCGAAUGCUCAAAACUUGUCCAUUCGUAUUCGCCAAUUUUGAAUAGCCGUACAUCAUUUGUUCUUACAUUCUUCUACCUAACCCCUUCUUUAUUUUUUUCUUUCAUUCAGAAGCUUCCAGAACUUACAUAUGUUCCACGUCGUAUCAUGUCCCUUACUAAUUUUCUCGUAGCAUCAGCUACCGCCGUUUGUUCUUUCUGUGCCAAGCUGCAGGGAAGAGUUUGCGGCUUUUGCAGUGGGGUGACACGGUAUAUCGACCAGUGGCAUGCGCGCGUCGUCCUCUUGUGAUUUCGAAUGAUAGACGCCUGUAGAUAUGCAUCAGAAUUCCCAAGCAAGCAUGCGAUACCAUUCCCAUUCCCGAGUCGAUACAAUCUGUUCAGAAUAUAAGACUACAUUUUUAACGCACUCGGCAACUUAAGGAACCACUUAGCACCGAAAUUAAACGGCGAAUGCGCAUACACUCACCCGUAUUACAGUGAAGCAGUAUAUAACUCGGAUCCCGGGAAUUCUUCGUCUCCGUCGACACAACAGUCGACAGAAAACCAGUUCACGAAUUUAAGCGAAACGUGCCUAUAUGUUCCUUGGAAUCACGCAUGCGAUACACAUCCCAUUGUUCCUUUCGAUACAUGAUUGCUGAUAAGGCAUGUUCCAACAAUACGAAGCACGUAGCAUUCGCCGCAUGCGUUUUCCGGUAAAGAUUACGGGCACAUAGCUGCAUGCUCAGGCUCGGCAGGACCCAGUGGCUCCAAUCGUUCGAGGCUACGUCACAUUGGUCUAUCGGAUCAGGUGAUACUGUCAGCGAAACAACUUCACAGCGUGGAUUGGAGGCUAAUUUCGUGAUGGUGAUCAGUCUGCGAAGAGCAGAGUGAUCACGAUGAGCGGCGACAGGAACAGCAACGCCAACAUGCACAACGGCGUCGUGCAUGCUCAGGCUCGGCAGGACCCAGUAGCUCCAAUCCACGACCUACUCUAUAAGUCCGUCGUGCUCCAAUCGUUCGAGGCUACGUCACAUUGGUCUAUCGGAUCAGGUAAUACUGCAGCCAACCACCUUCACAGCGUGUAUUGGAGGCAAAUUUUUUUUAAUGCGUCAUCAUUACGACGCCCACGCGAACGGAAAUCCGAUGGCGUCCGUCGGUUACCUCGUGGCGUGACAAAAAAGGGAAGUAUAUGACGUCACCAAUAGAGAGUAGGUACGAAAGAAGAAAAGGAGGCGAGAGAGGGCGGUGUGUCGUCACAUCUUGGGAACCAAUAAGAAUACAGGGGACACCUGACGGCGCGCUUUGGAGCUCACGGCUGGCAAGGCGGCCGGCUAGGGUAAGGGAAUAGCGUUGCAGCGGACUAGGCAGAUUGCCUGUGGCGUUUGACAGGUUCAGACAUGUAUUUCGAAUGCCCGCGUCUUUGAAUACAGUUUAAAAUGGACGCAGUGCCAUCGGCGAGUGGCUUGCGAAGGGUUAAUGCGAACAGUACAUUUCCGUCAGAUCAACCGACUGAUCGACCGUAUUGGUUUACCCUAUAUGGUCGAGGUCGUAACACCGACCUCCUGCCACUGUACCUGUUAUAGAGGCGAGCUGCUUGUAGCGUAGAUAGUGUUCUGGCCACGUAUGAUAUAGUGACAUGUAGCAGCUAGGUUGGCGCUGAGGGAUCACCGUCCGGUAAUAUAGACUUGAAGGGUCGCGCAUCACGUCCCCUGUGGGCACACUCCUCUUGCGAAGUGGACUUAUCGCAUUGCUAUCCCUGUUCGUCUUUUUCCAAGGAACGCCUGCGCAAGAUCAAAACAAGCGGACUCAGUUAUGAAAAAUUCACCCUCGUAGUUUGUUUUUUCUGCUUAAGUAGUUGAACAUUGCGCGCGUUUUUCUGUGUACAUGAUGAAUGAACAAAAAUAAAUUAGCCUCAAUUUUUUUGCUCGAAAUAAGCGACUACUUGCAGAAACCUUUGAACAAUACUGAACCACAAGAACAGCGAGGGUUACUUCAAUGGUAAGCAGUAUACAACUCCGAUCUCGUAGUGUACAAAGUUAAUUUUUUGGGACAUGCCGGUCGCACUUUCGCAACAGGGAAGUUUUUUUUUGUAUUUUUAUCUUGCACGACGCGACAGGAAUGUUUUCUUGCGCCACAGUCAAUUCCGGGAGUAUUGACUGUCAUACUGCCAACGAAUGACAGCCGUGAUCAUUGAGCGACAGGUUCUAAAGACACAUUUGGUUCUUUAGCGUACAGUUCGUUAAAAGUUCCAAAUACCGCAUUAAGAUCGAGCCGCAAGGCAUUCACGACGAGUGGUGAUAUUCCAACUACAUGUUUUGCGAAUGAA